CUCGUGGAGGCUUUCAUUGCGAUGCGUGGAGGAGAGGUGACUAAGCAUAGGCAUUCAUGCCUUAAUACAGACAGAUCCUCUCUUCUUCUUCUUCAUCCUCUACACAUGUCCGAUCGUAACGUUUUCUUCUCUCUCUGACAAACCCUAACCUAACCUUCCUCUCCUGUUUUGCGCUCUUGAUUCUUUUGUACACACUCACAGAAAGGGAGAAAAGAGAGGAAAAAUGACGACGGAGGUGGGAAAAGUUCUGUACAUAGUGGUGGUAGAUGAGGAAGAAAAAAGAGGGAAAGGGAAAGGGAAAGGGAAAGAGUCUUUUAGAUAUACGCGUCCGGUUUUGCAGAGUACUCUGCAACUCAUGGGAUGUAAAGCCCGCCAUGCUUUUAAGAUUAGCAAAAGGGUUUUUGAGGUCAUGAGAAAUGAAUUUUCAAACGAGGUUUCACUUUCUAAAGAAGUUGAGAUAAGAGUGGUGGAUGCUUCAAAAGAAAAUUCUGAGAGGGAAGAUGGCUUGUCGAGUGGAGGUAGCUUGGGCAAAAUAGAGGUCAGCAAUCGUUUGGUUUCAGAGGAAGAUAGAAAUAAGAGUAUACCAUUUGAACUGUACAAAAGGCGUACCACUGUAGUUGUUAGAAGGGAGAGUUUCUUGAAUGUUGUUUGUGAUGCUCUGACUGAAUAUAAGUAUGUGGGGCCUAACCAGAGGGAGGACUUGGUUUUGGCAUGCAGAAUCCGUGAAAGGAAGGAAUCUGUAACUGUGCUGUUGUGUGGUACCAGUGGCUGUGGGAAAUCUACUUUGUCUGCAUUACUGGGUAACAGAUUAGGAGUUACAACAGUGAUAUCCACUGAUUCUAUACGACACAUGAUGAGGAGUUUUGUAGAUGAGAAGCAAAAUCCUCUGCUUUGGGCUUCUACAUACCAUGCUGGGGAGUAUUUAGAUCCUGAGGCAGUUGCAGAAGCAAAGGCUAAAAGAAAAGCAAAGAAACUGGCAGGCAUUGCAAAUUUGCGUUCUAAGGAUGAAUUGUCUGAUGGUUAUACAGCUGGGAAAUCUGGUAGUGGAGCACCGGAGGUGACUUCUGGUACUGCUGAGUUUAUUAGUCCGAAACAAAUGGCGAUUGAAGGGUUCAAGGCGCAAAGUGAGAUGGUGAUUGACAGUCUUGAUCGUCUGAUUACUGCAUGGGAAGAGAGGAAAGAAUCAGUAGUUGUUGAGGGUGUUCACUUGAGCCUUAAUUUUGUGAUGGGGCUUAUGAAGAAACAUCCUUCAAUUUUACCAUUCAUGAUAUACAUUACAAACGAGGAAAAACACAUGGAGCGAUUUGCGGUCCGUGCAAAGUACAUGACACUGGACCCUGCUAAGAACAAAUAUGUGAAGUACAUUAGAAACAUCAGAACAAUCCAAGAAUAUCUUUGCAAACGGGCAGACAAACAUCUUGUCCCCAAAAUCAACAAUACAAAUGUUGAUAAGAGUGUGGCAGCUAUCCAUGCAACAGUCUUCAGCUGCCUACGAAGGCGGGAGGCAGGAGAACAGCUCUAUGACCCUACCACAAAUACCAUUGCUCUUGUCGAUGAGGAGUACAGGAACCAGUGUGCUGCAAACUCAUUGAGCUCCAAGGGGAUGUUUCAGCUUAUUCAGAGAAAAGGUUCUUCUAGGCAUCUGAUGGCUCUUCUUAAUACUGACGGGUCUGUUGCAAAGGCUUGGCCUGUUGAUUCAGUAGAUGGUAAUGGGAAGCCUGGAUCAGGCCAGGGGACCGAUAGUGGAAAAGGGAUUCCAAUGUAUGGACCAUUGCAGAUAGGCAAGGCUGAACCAGUUAAUCUUCAGUUUGGGCACUUUGGGAUCAGUGCUUGGCCCAGUGAUGGUGGCACGAGUCAUGCUGGAAGUGUUGAUGAGUCCAGGGCUGAUGGGACUGAUACAGGGAGCAGGUAUUACUCCUCUUGUUGCAGCUCGCCAAGGAUGGUUGAUGGGGCUGCCAAGGAGCUGAAGGAGGAGCUUUCAGUGCAUGGCAGUGAUGAAGAAGCUGACGAUCCACCUGAGGUGGACAGUGAUGAGGAUCCUAGUGAUGAUGAUGCUGAGAAGCACAACCAUGAAGAGAUUGGCUCAGUUGAUGAGGAAUCAUCAAAAUCAGAUGAAGAAUACGAUGAUCUGGCAAUGCAGGAUGUACAGGAGAACGGUUAUUGGUCAGACGAUGAUGAGGAGUCCAAAGACAGGCUUCCACCUAUUUCUUGGGGCCAUUCAAGCCCCAAGAGAGGAGACAAGUACAGGCAGAAUCUAGAGCGCUUCCUUAGCACCAGAAGCGAGCAGGUGGCCGAACCACUACGCUCUUACUCUUCCCUGCUCAGGGAGAAAGGUGAGAGGAGAAUGUUGAGUUCAGGCAGUCUAAAAAUAAGAAAACGUUCACUCAGCAUUCCUGCCAUUGGAAAGCAUGAGUCCAUGGUUGGUGAUCCUAUUCUCUCUGGAGCACCCCGGAGGUAGCUAAAACGAUGUUGUCCUUUUUUUUUUUUUUUUUUUUUUUAUUCUUCCUUUUUCCUUGUUCAUUUUGUGUCUUUUAGAGAGAGCAACUAAGGCAUUUCACCAUCUCGUGUGCAUCAUAGUAGAGUUGCAUGACUGGGAGAACUUGUAUGACACACCUUGUUCUUUUUGCUUUCUUUUUUCAGCAAAAGCAAUCAAGAUAAUGAAAAUAACUGCAGUUAUUUGAAA